AUGCCACAGGGAUAUCCCUGGGGAAACUCAAGGAAUCCUUACACUGAUCUGCCAAACACUGGAGUGACCCGGCACUACGAAUUCACCUUGGCGCCUGCGACCAUUGCCCCGGAUGGCGUGGAGAGGCCUGGAUAUUUGAUCAAUGGUCAAUUCCCUGCACCCACGAUCGAGGCGAAUUGGGGAGACUGGUUCGAGAUUAUAGUACACAACAAUCUUCCCGAGGGCACAUCUAUGCACUGGCAUGGGUUGUUACAGAAGGAUACUCCUUGGUUUGAUGGUGUUCCUUCAGUCACCCAAUGCCCGAUUGCUCCCGGAUCUAGCUUCACCUAUCGUUUCCGCGCCGACCAAUAUGGCACUUCUUGGUACCAUUCGCAUUACUCGGCCCAGUACGCGGAUGGAUUGUUCGGUGCCAUGAUCAUAUAUGGACCUCUUGAAAAUGCCAAUUACGAUGUCGACCUCGGUCCUAUCCUGAUCAACGAUUGGUAUCACGACGACUAUCAUAAUCUCAUCGGACGUGAGAUGGCCCCGAUAUCGGCUCACGCGCGGCCGCCUUUCUCGCAAAACGUCUUGAUCAAUGGCAAGAUGAACUACCCAUGCGCAAAUGUUACUUCUGGGGCCAAGUGCACGCCAAAUGCUGGAGUGUCCAAGUUUCAAUUCAAAAGUGGCAAGAAAUAUCGUCUGCGUUUGAUCAAUUCUGGUGCUGCGGCGAUGCAGAAAUUCAGCAUUGACAACCACAACAUGACCGUCAUCGCCACCGAUUAUAUCCCUAUCGUGCCAUACGUCACGAACGUUGUCACGCUCGGAGUCGGGCAGAGGGCAGACGUUGUCGUGACUGCCAACGGGAAGCCCACCGACGCGGUAUGGAUGAGAUCGGAAUUGGGACCGAGCGCGUUCGUCAAGGGUUGCUCGCUCCCGGACGGGAUCUCUCCCACAGGUGUCGCAGCGAUCUACUACGAGUCCGCCAACACCACUGCCGUGCCUCAGACGAAUUCCAGCACCACUCUGCAACAGCUCAUGACCUGCGAAAACGACCCUCUCACGCUCGGCGUCCCAUUCUUCCCUUACACGCCGACGGCGCAGCCUGACACCGUCCAACAGAUCGACGUGACCUUCAAGAACAACGGCACCCACAACCUGUUCUACAUGGACAACAGCACCUUCCGCGGCGAUUUCAACGACCCGGUCCUUCUCGACGCCAAGCUCGGCAACCUGGACUUCCCCGCGCAUUACAACGUUUACAACUUCGGCAACAGCACCUCGAUCCGCUUCGUCGUGUAUAACCACGCCCCCGCCGGCUCCCACCCGAUGCACAUGCACGGCCACGACUUCUCCGUGCUGGCCACCGGCUCGGGCACGUGGGACGGCACGGUGACGAACCCGCUGAACCCCGUGCGCCGCGACGUCUUCAUCCUGCCCAUCGCCGUCAGCCCGACGGUGCCCUCGUACGUCGUGUUCCAGAUCGAGGCGGACAACCCGGGCACCUGGCCCUUCCACUGCCACAUCGCCUGGCACAUCUCCACGGGCCUGUACAUCAACAUCCUCGAGCGGCCCGCGGACAUCCAGAAGGAUAUGGCGAUCCCGUCCAUCAUGGCCCAGACGUGCCGCGAUUGGUGGGCCUGGACGGGGAACAACGCCGUCGACCAGAUCGAUUCGGGACUUUGA